CCUCUAAGGCACAUAUGUCAGAGUCAAGGCCCGCGGGCCACAUCCGGCCCGCGAGAAGGUUUUUUACGGCCCCUGGGAUGAUCUUGAUUUAUUAUUAGAACCGGCCCGCAGACCGCAGCAAGCCGGCAGCCCGCAGAUCUUUUACACGCACCAAUACUACAUUUCCCACAAUGCAACGGGGACGCACCGAGCAGUAGGCUGCUUCAUUUCAAUAUUUAUUGGCACAGCAGUCGUCAGCAUCACAGUAAAAUUAACUUUCAGAUACCCAUCAAAAAUGGCAAAACGGAAGGUGGACACUGAGAACCGGGGGUUUCAAACAAGGUGGGAGUCGGAGUAUAUGUUCACGGAGGUAGCUGGAAAACCUGUGUGUCUUCUGUGUGGAGAAAGUGUGGCGGUACUGAAAGAGUAUAAUCUGAGACGACAUUAUGAAACGAAACACGCGGACAAAAACAAGAAUAUGGACAUGGAACAAAGGCUACAAAAGGCAGAGGAAUUAAAACGAGGCGUCAAAUCUCGACAGGCUCUGUUCAAAAAAGCCAAAUCACAAGGCCAGGCUGCUGUCAAGGCCAGUUUUAUUUUGGCAGAAGAGAUCGCUAAAUCAGCCCGGCCAUUUACGGAGGGGGAUUUCAUCAAAAACUGCAUGAUUAAAGUUUGUGACGAAGUUUGCCCAGAAAAAAGGCAACUCUUUUUAAAUGUGAGUCUGAGCAGAAACACCAUUGCCGAGAGAGUAGACCAGUUGUCCAUCAAUCUAAAAGAGCAGCUUGUGAAAAAGGGAAAAGAUUUCAUUGCAUAUUCCUUGGCUGUGGAUGAGAGCACCGACAUUUCUGACAUUGCCCAGUUGUCAAUUUUCAUCCGCGGAGUGGACUCCAGCCUAAGCGUGACAGAGGAGUUUUUGGCUUUACGUCCUAUGCAUGGCACAACUACGGGGCAUGAUUUGUAUGAAGAGGUGUCAAGAUGUGUAAAUGAGAUGGAGCUGCCUUGGGAAAAACUUGUGGGUUUGACAACCGACGGAGCACCUGCGAUGUGUGGACACAGGAGCGGACUGGUGGCGAAGAUACGGGAAAAGAUGCAAGAGGAAAACGCGACAGGUGAGCUGACAGCUUAUCAUUGUAUCAUACACCAGGAAGCGUUGUGCGGUAAAGCCUUGAAAAUGGAGCAUGUAAUGAGCAUCAUCACGCGCACAGUUAACUUUAUCAGAGCCAAAGGUUUGAAUCACCGCCAGUUCAAGGCAUUUCUGACGGAGUUAGAAACGGAGCAUGGUGAUUUGCCUUAUCACACAGAGGUGCGAUGGCUAAGCCAGGGAAAGGUGCUUCAAAGAUGUUUCGAGCUUCGUGAGGAGAUUUGUCUGUUCUUGGACAGCAAAGGGAAAGACACAACACAACUCCGAGACGAAAUGUUUCUGUGUGAAAUGGCUUUUCUGUGUGACAUUACGAGUCAUCUGAAUGCAAUGAACUUGCAGCUGCAGGGUCGGGAUCAUGUCAUCUCUGAUAUGUACAGUACAGUGAAGGCAUUUAAAACCAAACUGACUCUGUGGGAGACGCAGAUGCGGAAAGAAAAUUUGAGCCACUUUCCCAGCUGCCAGACCAUGAAAGAGAAGCUCUCUACCAGUGCGUUCCCGAGCGCACAGUUGGCUGAUAAAAUAGGUAUGCUUGCCGCUGACUUUCGACGCCGAUUUGCUGACUUUGAAGCACAAAAAAGCAGGUUGGAACUGCUCGGUAACCCAUUUGCUGUUGACGUGGAAAGCUCACCACCAAACCUCCAAAUGGAGUUGAUUGACCUCCAAUGCAAUGAUGCACUGAGGGCAAAAUAUGCGGCAGUGGGUGCUGCGGAGUUCGCCCGUUUCCUCCCCGACACAAUGCCCCAGCUGCGCAUCCAGGCUGCUCAAACGUUGUCUAUGUUUGGCAGCACAUACCUGUGUGAACAACUGUUUUCUUUGAUGAACCUGAACAAAACAUCACACAGAAGUCGACUUACUGCUGAACACCUCCACUCAAUUCUGAGGAUUUCCUCAGCUCAGAGCCUUACCCCGAACAUUGAUGAACUUGUGGAAAAGAUGGGACACCACCAAGUAUCACCCUCAACCUCAAACAAGUGAA